AUGUCUGUAAUCGCAGGCCGCAAGCUGGGCUGCUCUUGGAUGCACAUUGCAGAUAUGGCCAGCGCUUGGUAUAGGCCUCUCAUCGGGUACUGCCCUUCGAGAUCCCGAUCAGCCAUUAGGUGGAACUUUUUACGGUCCUUGAACAAUGGUUUCGCCUGCAGAUACUCGAACACAAAACAAAAAAACAUUUUGCUCGGGUCCAUUCCUUCCGGUGUCGAUAGCCCUCCGGCCAGUCACGAUCUCCAAAAGCACCACACCGAAACUGUAAAUAUCCGAUUUGAACGUGAGUUGACCGGUCAUCGCGUAAUCGGGCGCGCAAUAUCCGUAAGUGCCCAUCACUCUCGUCGAAACAUGGGUUUCGUCACCCAGUGGGCCCACCUUAGCAAGCCCAAAAUCCGACAGCUUGGAGAAAUACUUCUCUCCAAGCAAAAUGUUUGA